UUUGAUGAAACGUCAAUAAGAUUCGAAUCUCAAUUUGACAAAAAAAAAAGAGAAAUAGAAAUAUAUAGAAAUAGUCGUCUCUGCAUGGCUUUACUCCUCGCGGCCUCCGCCGCCGCCGCCGCUGCCAAGCGCCGCCUCCCGAUUCUUACGUCUUUCUACGCCCGUCUUAGAUCUAGCACGUGCUACUUUGAGCGCAGAGAUGAAGAGAAAAUCUACAGAGAUGGAGAGAAAAUCUAUGGUGCCCCGCCCGAGGAUCUCGAGAAUGAGGAUAUCGAGACAUGCGUAUUCGAUUUUCAAUCACUUCUUCGAGGUCGUGCGAUUCCUGCUCCCUGCAUAUCGGAAACUAAAUGUACACUACAUCUUUCCCUUCAUUCCUUAAUUUACUUAGGGUUAUUUGCCAAAUGA